UGUGUGUAUCAGGUGGUGGAGGAAUGCUGUGUGUUGAAUGUUUUCUGACCUUCCAAAAGUUGAGAUCAGACUACCACUGUUACCAAUCUCCUUUCCAAAGAGGAAUCUUGGCUCCCCUCUCCCCCAAAAUCAAACUCAUUCUUUCUGCCUUGUUGCAGUUGGAGCAAACAAGAGAGCGAGCCGCAGCAAGGGAACGAACAGCACAGUCCAAGAUACUGGAUUUGGAGACCCAGCUGAGCAGGACAAAGACAGAAAUGAAUCAGUUGCGACGGAACAAGGAUGACGCAGAACAUAGAUACCAAAGCCGCCUCCAGGACCUGAAGGAUCGUCUUGAACAGUCGGAGAGCACCAACCGCAGCAUGCAAAACUACGUCCACUUCCUCAAGUCUUCUUACGCCAAUGUCUUUGGAGACAGUGCCUUGACAAGCUCCCCCAUCCGCCCUCGGUCUCCCCUGUGAUCAAACCCUUUCCCCUAAGCCUCUGAUCCUCUCUUCUUACAGGCUCAGUUGGGUGGGGGCCUCUUUCGAAGCCAUAGCUGACUCUGCCAUCUGUUACUUUUGGAGUGGCAGGGACAUCUUUUACUCAGGCAGGCUGCACCAUAGGCUUAUAAGAUGGGCAGAGAGAGAGGUGCAGGGCACAUUUUACCUUCCCCGGUCUUCUAGUGCCUUAACACAGGUUACAUCUUUUGCGAGUAACCUGCAGGUUUGUAAUUCAGCCUGUAUUUUUAAAAUGGGUGUUUUGUCAAUGCUUUUGUCCAAGUUUUACAAGGUUCAAAGAUCAUGUUUAUUAGAUGCAGAGAAAAUUGGAUUUUUAAAUCAAUCCUUUGAAGAGUUGUUAACACAGAAAAAGCCGUGUCCAUUAGCCACGUACCGUAGGGCCAGAUGCAUGGGGUACGAAAUCCUUUUCUUCUAUUUGUUGUAGUUAUUCUAGGAGGCAUCCAUAGUAAGACUAAGUCAUAGCCUACCACUGUCUGCAGAGUAUCCUGCUUGUAGGAAAGGGCAUUUUAUAUGCGCUGUUCUUCAGCAGAAAUCCACAGGAUCCAUAGUUACAGAUCUAUAUACUUUUGAUCAUCCACCUGUUUUCAUAUGUGUGACUUAGUGUUGAGCAGUGAGGUUUUAUCUGUCAGGUGUGCAUCUUACUGUUUUGUUUCCACUCUGAUGUGUGUCUCUGUGUGACCUCUUAGUUGCCGUUAUCCUGGAAUAACUUCUGAUCUGGAGUUGCAUGUGCCAAUCCCCAUUGCGGGCGGACGCAAGGCUGAAUUGCUUUUGAUGUUCUCUUCUGGCUUGUGAAGUUAGGGAGAAACUGAUUGUUUGCGGAAAGCACAAACGUAACACUUAUGUCUUCCCAAUAUUUGAUGCUUUUUAAUGGUUUUGCGUUGUGGUUGUGUGGGUGAAGGUGGAGGGAAAAACCAGCCGACUGCAUUGCUGUUUUGAAUUUUUACUAUUUAUAUAUGAGACCAUCGAACCUAUAUUUGAGUUUAACGUGUGACUU